AUGUCCAAGCAAGAGGCAGAGCAACUCAUUGCCAAGUACUUUGAUGAGUACCAGUCUGUCACUUUGCUAAGGAGUCAGUUGAAUGAGACCUUGAAGAAUGGAUACUUCAUGCUGAGUAAGUCUAGGAUGUCCAUGGGUCUCAAGUCACUUGGACAACUCCAAUAUCCUCAGAACAUCAAGCCUGGCUUCAUGCUAAAGGGUGUACAUGAUGACCAAGAUGCCUUGGAAACUGAUAUAUAUCAAGUACAGACACCACCGGCACCAAAGGAGGAGACAAUAUAUACAAUCGUUGAGAGUGAUGAAGAGGACGAUCAGAAGGAUCCAUUCCAACAAUAUUCAAGAAGUGGUGGCAGCAGUAAUGGCAAUGGAGGCAAACAACAACAACAACAACAGAAGAAGAUUAGCAACAACAAUGAUGUGUCAUCAUCAUCGUCAUCAUCACCGAGCAAGCAAAAGAGCGAACAACAUACAAACAACAACAGUGGCAACACGAGCACGAGAAGAAGAAAUGUGGGCAAAGGAGAGGAAGUCGAUACCUCAUCAUCAUCCACAAGCACAUCAACAUCCACUUCCACUGGCACAAGUACCUCACAAUCAAUGAGCCGCAUCGAGAAGCUGUUACAGUCAUCAACGAUCACUGAGAGUCUGACAAGCAAUGGUAGCAGUCGGCAUGAGGACCGAUCAGAUGGAGAUUUCGACGACUACUCUAGCGAUGAGUCUGAUAGCGACAAUGACAACCAACGCAUGGUAUCAAUGACCAACAAGGUCAAGCGAGAGAAGCAAAAGACUCUCAAGAAAGACCCCAUCUAUUGGUUCGGCUAUCUCACUCCUGCCACUCUCAAGCAAUCACAGACUCAGUUCAAACAAGCUAUUAACCUUUCGAUUGAGAUAUCAAACAAGUUGGCGAGGAUGGAGGAGAUACAGAAGCGAUACUUGGCUAUCGAACAUAAAUAG